AUGGCUCGCUUCCAUUUCGGAAAAAAGAAAAAAUCUGAAUCUGAGCCGGACACUUCAACAAUGUCGUCGCCUGCAGAGUUUCGUUCUAAUCCUCGCCAUUCCUACGCUAACCGCCCAUCCUUUCUGUCUCGCGCAACAGAAUCGCCUCCGCCCGACAAAAUUAUGACCGGCGCAGCUCCAGGUCCCAGCUCGGCCAUGACUAGCCCUGAAAAACACCUUGUAGCCGAAAAACAGCAGUCUUCGGUGAUGAAACAGUCUCCAGAUCACCAGUUCCUUGUCGAUAAGAACGCCAGCACGCCUUGGACCAGAUACAAGCUUUUCAACUCGCCUUUCCCGCGGUAUAGACAUGCCGCUCUGGCGCUUUCGUCGGACAAGAAUGUGCUCUAUAUCAUGGGGGGAUUGAAAGAAGGGUCUGUCUUUGGCGACACAUGGAAGAUCACGCCUCACACGGCCUCGGACAAUACCAUCACUCACUUUACCAGCGAAAUGAUCGAAGUGGUCAACAACAACCACCCACCAGCCCGUGUAGGUCACUCGUCUGUGUUGUGUGGAAAUGCCUACAUCAUCUACGGCGGCGACACAGUGGACACUGACUACAACGGGUAUCCAGACGACAACCUCUACAUGUUCAACAUCAAUAACUGCAAAUACACGGUCCCAUCGCACAUUUUGAACAAGCCCCGUGGCAGAUACGGCCAUCUGAUUGGUGUUGUGUCGUUGAGCACCUCCAGCUCCAGAUUAUACUUGUUCGGUGGCCAGUUGGAAAGCGAAGUAUUCAGCGACUUGUAUUAUUUCGAAUUGACCUCGUUCAAGCUGCCUCAUGCCCGCUGGGAGCUUGCAGAACCGCUUAACAAUUUCAAACCUCCUCCUUUGACAAAUCACACCAUGUCAGUUUACAAGCACAAGAUCUACAUUUUUGGUGGAGUGUACAACCACGAGAAAGUGUCAAAUGACUUGUGGUGCUAUGACACAUUACUCAAUAAGUGGCUGCAGGUGCCCACUACUGGAGAUGUACCAUUGCCUGUCAAUGAACAUUCAGCCGUUCUUGUCAAUGAGUACUUGUACGUCUAUGGUGGAAAUGACUUUUCAGGUACCAUUUAUGACACGUUGCAUUGCUUGGAUCUUCGCACGUUCCAGUGGAUGAAGUUGGACAAUAGAUUCGGCGUCAACGGACCUGGUCCUAGGUGUGGCCAUUCCAUAUCGUACUUGCCAAACUUGCACAAAUUGGUGAUCAUGGGCGGUGACAAAAAUGACUACAUUAGCGAAGAUUCGGCAAAUUUCGAGACUCACGAGGAAUACGACGGCACAGAAACCGGAACCAUGAUUUUUGUCAUGGACUUAUACUUGGCUGACCAUCUUCUACGUGGUGGUGUUCCCAAGAAACUUGCCGCAUCUGCUGGAGGUGCUGCUGCUGUUCUUAGCAAAAGGCCUCCAUCGCCCGUGGUCUCGGAUGAUGCCUUCACACGCCACAGAAAGAGCAUGAGCGCUGGUAUUGAUGAUUUCCGCACACCUAAUGCCUCUCUAGAACGUAUUGCACCUACUGUUGAGCCGCCCAGAAGCGUUUCUGACUCGACAGAGAGGAACAGAACUGUUUCUGAUUUCAUAGACGUGCACACCAAGCAGGUUUCAGAGCACAAGGUUACUCCCACAGCUGGGUCUCUGGGCGACAAUUUUGUUGAAGUGCAUUUGCCUUCGUCUGCUAUCAGCGAAAAUGAUACAAACACAGACGCCGAGAUUGCAGUAAUGGAUACUCCUGAUGAUGGUAGAAGCCCAUUUGCUCAGGGAAAACUAGUAUCGCUUGGACAAAAGCUUCCAGAAGAAAUCAGGUCAGAUAACGCCACCCCAGUUUUGUCGCAUGAGUUUGCGCAUUUGACUAAUGAUUUCCCUGAUACUGAAGAAGAAGAAGAAGAACAAGCUUUGCGAAUCCGCAAUAGGGAACAAGAACCACUGGCCCAGGAAACCGACGAUGAAGAUCACGAUGAACCGACUAUUGUUCACGUUAGAGAACUGUCGGCUCUUCCUGAGCCAAAUCUCAAGUCUCCAUCCACUAUUGUGCCAAACCUGGCUCUGUCUCACAAGGGAAAUGGAUUCGACGCAGGAUUAAACUCCAGCCCACGGAAAGCUUCAUCAGGAUCUACACCUGAGGUGGAUUCCAAGGUUAAGCAAGUAAUUUCUGAACUUAAUACUGAAAUUAGUGAUUUGAAAAAGUACACCGAAGCGCAAAUUCAUGAAGCCACCGACAAGAUUCACCUGUUGGAAGAGGAAAACAAGCUUCUAAAGGAGAAGCUAGAAGCUGCUCUGUUUGACAAGAGUAAGGUAGAAGAUCUUUCUCAGGAGUUGGCAGAAAAAAAUCUGAUCAUUGGAGAGCUUAGAAGCUCCAUUCCACCGGAUGAUCUUUCGGUUGAAGAUGAAGCUGCCGGAGUACCAAAGAAAGGAUUCACCGAUGCUUUGAAGUAUAGGCUACAGAAUUUGGACAUGGCGAACAAGCUUGUCUACUUGCAGAACGAGAACACGCAACUAAAAGAAAAGUUUACUCGCUUCGAACCAUUCAUGGACAACCAGAUGACGCAGUUGUCUUCUUUGCAGAAAGUUAUCAAGAGUCAAGAAGAACGUAUUGCUGACUUAACAGCACAAGUGAAGCUGGAGCUGGUAUUGCACGAGCAAAUUGCAGAAUGGAAACAUAAGUACGAGAAUUUGGAGUUGCAAUUCAACACAUACAAGAGCGUUCAUGCCGAUGUGGAAUUCACCGAUGACGAAACUGAAACUUCUCGUGAUGUGGAUCCAAAUGCUACAGAACCAACUCCGCAGAAGAAGACCGCGGGCCAACUAUCAUCUCACCUUGAAAAAUUGGUUCUGUUAUGGCAAUCGGCACAUGCACCAGAUACAAAAGAACGUGGUAUCAACCUGGAGAACGACACUGUGGUAGCAGAAUUACAGAAGCAGGUUGAUGAUCUUUUAAGAACAUCUCAACAACAACAGCAGGCUUCUGCGUCUGAGAUGAGCGAACUAAGGAAUGAGUUGGAAGCGAAGAUGGCCGCGUUGCAAGCUCUUGAAGCUAAUUAUAGAGAUGCCAUCCAAUCUGUGAAUAACACAAGCAAGGCUCUUAAUGUCAAUCAAGACGAAUUGAGAAACCAAAAGGUUUUGAUUGAAAAGUUAGCCAGAGAGAACAACGAGUUGAAACUAUUCAAAAAGGCUUCUAGACGGGUAUCAUCAUUACCAGGAGAGAGCAGCAUCAAGCGUAUGCAAUCGGACUCGACUACAUCUCUACACGAAGUCAAUGACACAGAAGAUGAUUUACAAAGUGCUCAUUACCAGAUGAAGGUUAAGGAUUUGGAGGCCGAUCUUUACAUUAUGAAACAAGAACGAGACCAGUUGAUUGAAAAUGUGAACUCGUUGAAGAAGGAGUUGUAUUUCGCCAAGAAUAAUGCAUGA